GCGCCCGCACAGAGCCCCGCCCCCACGUGGUGGAGUCCUCAGGUGGCUCAAGCGAGUGAAAGCAGGAGCGACGAGACGGACCCGUGAAGACGCAGCAGCGGACCACAUCUCACCUGACCUCUGCUACAAAAACCUGUCUUCUGAUAUAAAACCAGCUUAUGGUCCGUUACUUCAUCGCUAUAGUUUUCAAAAUGUGAUAUCUGCGUUACCGCGUCUUACAUCUAUAGACGACCGCGUGUUUUGUUUUGCCUACAAAGAAGAUAACCCCACAGGUUGUAGCGUUGACGUCUUAAAACUCAGCAGCAGCAUGCCGUCGUGGGGGGCCCUGCUGGCCCAGCUAAGUGGGGUCAACCGCUACUCCACAAGCUUGGGGAAGGUGUGGCUGUCGGUGCUCUUCAUCUUCAGGGUGAUGGUGCUGAUCGUGGCGGCCGAGAGCGUGUGGGGAGACGAGCAGACAGACUUCACCUGUAACACCCUUCAGCCGGGCUGUGAGAACGUCUGCUACGACCACUUCUUCCCAGUCUCCCACAUCAGACUCUGGUGUCUCCAGCUGGUCUUCGUCUCCACGCCCACCCUCCUCGUCGCCAUGCACGUGGCCUACCGUAACCACGGCGACAAAAAGAGACUCCUACAGGCGUCUGUGCGGGCUGGUCUCUUUGGCACCCGUGGCUCCGAGGCCGAGGAGGCAGAGCUAGAGAACCUGAAGAGGCGGAGACUCCAGCUGACUGGUGCCCUCUGGUGGACGUACGCCUGCAGCCUGGUGGUCCGGCUGCUGUUUGAAGCGGGCUUCAUGUACGUCCUGUACGCGCUCUACCGCGGCUUCCAGAUGCCGCGGCUGGUGCAGUGCGUGGAGUGGCCCUGCCCCAACGUGGUGGACUGCUUCGUGUCGCGGCCCACCGAGAAGACGGUGUUCACCGUGUUCAUGGCGUCCGCCUCCAGCGUCUGCAUGCUCCUCAACGUGGCCGAGCUGGCCUACCUGGUCGUCAAGGCCGUCACUAGGAAGUCUUGAGAGAGACGCUUCCUGACUCCGCCUACUCCUCUCAGGGGCCCUCGCUAUAUAAAAGGGCCCCUUGGAACGAGUAGGGCCCCCAUUGCUGAGCUCCACUUCGGGGGAAGGAUGGAGUUGGACUUCAUUGAUGAAUUGAUUGAUUGAUUGAUUGAUUGAUUGAUUGAUUGGUUGUCCUCUUACUUUGCUUGAGCCACUGAUCCUCUCCCUGCAUAUCAUAGUGGUCAGCGGCCUUUAAAAAUGUAGCUCUAAUAUCAGGCUAGAUACAAUGUUUGUACAGACUCAUGUUCCGUAGUCUCUGUGAUGUGUCCUCCAUCUGGAUUUUAAAGCUCUUGUUUUACUGUUGUUUUUUUCUAAUCAAAUCUCAGCUAAUCAAAUGUGACACUUUCCACUGUAAAAAAUACACUUCUGUUUGGUUUUUA